UCAAACCUGACAUGUCUGAAAUAUAUGAGAAUACACGCGAAAUAGAUUUCUGAAAUACAUUUGGGAAAUGAAAAAUAUGGUCGACAUAACAACUCACAUAUUUUUCAUUAGUUUUGAAUUGUUCAUUUUGAUAUCGAAAAAAGUGAAGUCGAAUGAUAUAUUGAAUUUCAUUGUAUAAAUUAAUUUACAACAAAAGUGACGCCAUCAAAAAUCAUUUGUAUUUACAACGAAAUUUAAUCGCAUAUUGAAAGUAAACGGCAGCCCAUUUAUUGAUGAAAUACGUCAAAAAUUAGCUCUAUUUUUUCUCGUAUAGAAUAAAUUGUUAUCAAAUUUUAUACAUAAAGUGUGUUCACAAGAUUGUAUUCAAUUCAAACCAUAGCAUUGUGCAUCAUUUCAAUCGAAAAUGUCUGAUUCUGAAGUGAGUAAUAUGUCGGACAGUGGCUCAGAUGCACGAAGUGAUGUUUCAAAUCGAAGCGGUACACCACGAAGCCGAAGUCGAUCAUAUUCUCGGUCUAAAUCACGCUCCAGAUCACGUUCAGGUUCACGAUCUUCAAAUGAAGAAAUUGAGGAUGAAGAAGAGCCAGAAGGCGAAGACUUGGAUGAUUCAGAAGAAGAAGAUGACAGACCCAAGAAAAAGAAGAAGAAGGAACGUUAUGGUGGAUUCAUUAUCGAUGAAGCAGAAGUUGAUGAUGAAGUGGACGAAGACGAAGAAUGGGAAGAUGGAGCCGAAAUUGGAAUUGUAAAUGAGGUUGAUGAGCUUGGGCCAACUGCUCGUGAAAUUGAAAUUCGACGUCGUGGAAAUUUAUGGGAUACACAAAAAGAAGAUGAAAUUGAAGAAUAUUUGCGGAAACGUUAUGCUGACGAGUCGAUUGCACGACGACAUUUUGGUGAUGGUGGUGAAGAAAUGUCCAACGAAAUCACACAACAAACAUUAUUACCAGCUAUUAAAGAUCCAAAUUUAUGGAUGGUAAAAUGUCGAAUUGGCGAAGAAAAAGCAACAGUCUUGCUAUUGAUGCGUAAAUUUUUAACUUUCCGCAAUACCGACGAACCAUUGCAAAUAAAAUCGGUUGUGGCACCAGAAGGUGUAAAAGGUUAUAUUUAUGUGGAAGCAUACAAGCAAACACACGUCAAAGCGGCCAUAAAUAAUGUUGGAAAUUUGCGUCUUGGACAAUGGAAACAAGAAAUGGUACCGAUUAAAGAAAUGACCGAUGUUUUAAAAGUGGUCAAAGAACAAACUGGACUUAAGCCCAAGCAAUGGGUACGUUUACGUCGUGGCCAAUACAAAGAUGACAUUGCACAAGUUGAUUAUGUUGAUAUGGCACAGAAUCAAGUGCAUUUGAAAUUAUUGCCACGCAUUGACUACACACGUUUGCGUGGUGCAUUGCGAACAAAUCAGCCCGAAGCUGAUAAUAACAAACGUAAAUUGAAACGACGACCACCGGCAAAACCGUUCGAUCCAGAAGCAAUACGGGCUAUUGGCGGUGAGAUUACUUCCGAUGGUGAUUUUUUGAUUUUCGAAGGAAAUCGUUAUUCGCGCAAAGGUUUUCUCUAUAAAAACUUUUUGAUGUCAGCCAUUUUAUCUGAAGGUGUUAAACCGACACUUGCCGAAUUGGAACGAUUUGAGGAGCAACCAGAAGAAAUCAAUAUUGAACUGGCUGUUUCAAGUAAAGAUGAUCCCACAUCAACUCACUCAUUUUCAAUGGGAGACAAUGUGGAAGUUUGUGUCGGUGAUUUGGAAAAUUUACAAGCAAAAAUUAUUGCAAUCGACGGCCAUAUGAUUACGGUUAUGCCAAAACACGAAGAGCUAAAAGAUGCAUUGAUUUUUAAGGCGAAUGAAUUGCGAAAAUAUUUUAAAACCGGUGACCAUGCAAAGGUAUUGGCUGGUCGUUACGAGGGUGAAACUGGUUUAAUCGUUCGAGUUGAACCAUCGCGUGUUGUUCUCGUGUCCGAUUUGACGAUGCACGAAUUAGAAGUGCUACCGCGAGACUUACAACUGUGCACAGAUAUGGCAACCGGUGUCGAUUCAUUGGGUCAAUUUCAAUGGGGAGAUUUGGUGCAACUUGAUGCACAAACUGUUGGUGUCAUUGUUCGAUUGGAACGCGAAAAUUUUCAUGUGUUACAAAUGCAUGGCAAAGUAAUCGAAUGCAAGCCAACUGCAUUGCAAAAACGACGAGAAAAUCAGAAUACGGUUGCAUUGGAUUCCGAACAGAAUCAAAUACGCCGAAAAGAUAUUGUUAAAGUUUUGGAAGGGCCACAUGCCGGUCGGGAUGGUGAAAUAAAGCAUCUGUAUCGUAGUUUGGCCUUCUUACACUCACGAAUGUACACAGAAAAUGGUGGAAUAUUUGUAUGCAAAACUAGACACUUGAAAUUGGCCGGAGGCAACAAGAACAACACCAAUUUGACUAAUCCAAUGGGAAUGAUGGGAUUCUCGCUUAUGUCGCCAAGAAUUCAGUCACCAAUGCACCCGGCUGGUGGAAGAGGUGGCAGAGGAGGUGGAAUGCGUGGCAGAGGCGCUGGCCGCGGUGGAAUCUCACGUGAUCGUGAAAUUAUUGGUAAAAGCAUUAAAAUCACAGGCGGCUCGUACAAGGGCGCUGUUGGAAUUGUCAAAGAUGCUACAGCUGCUACGGCACGUGUUGAAUUGCAUUCAUCAUGUCAAACGAUAUCAGUUGAUCGUAAUCACAUUGCCGUUGUGGGUGCACCAGCCAAAGAUGGAAGCAUCACUGUUUACGGUCGUACACCAUCUCGUACACCAUAUGGAUCACAAACACCGAUAUACAUGGGUUCGAAAACACCAUUGCAUGGAAGUGCUACGCCACAAUAUGAUGGCAGUCGAACUCCAUUGCAUGGUAGCAUGACUCCAUCUCAUGAUGGCUCAAUGACACCACGAACUGGUGCAUGGGAUCCAACAAUUACAAAUACACCAGCCAGAAGCACAGACUACGAUUAUUUGGAGGAUCCAUCACCAAGUCCUGGCUACAAUCCAAACACUCCUGGAUAUUCAAUGAAUACACCAUUUGCUCCACACACACCUGGAAAUAUGUAUGGCUCAGAUCAAGGAUACAGUCCAUAUCAACAAAGUCCAAGUCCAAGCGCAUCAUCUUAUCAAAUUGGUCAUUUGGAGACACCAUCUCCAACUGCUUAUUCACCAAAUACACCAAGCGUUCCGCCAUAUUCACCUUAUAACAAUCCACAAACACCGGGCGCCGGAUUGGACCAACAGAUGGGCGAUUGGUGUUCAACCGAUCUUCAAGUCAAGAUUCGAAGUCACACCGAUCCCGCAUUGAUUGGACAAACGGCUACAAUAAAGACCGUCAACAAUGGUAUUUGUUCAGUAUACUUACCAGCCGAAGAACGAACAGUUGCAGUUGAAAGUGACCAACUAGAACCGAUACCGCCAGCUUCGGGUGAUCAAUUCAAAGUUAUUAUGGGCGAAGACCGUGAAUCCAUUGGUAUGGUUCAUUCCAUCGACAACAACAAAGUUAUAUGUACGAUUAAUGAUGAAAUGGCAUACAAAACGCUAUCGGAACUUUGUUUGAUUUAAACUUUCUUUUUCACAUUUCGAUAUAUUUUUUUUCUUUUAAUUUAAUAAAGUUGGCUAUAUUGCCUUUGAAUAAACUAUAAACCGAAAGAGGUACACAUAAGAAAUAUCACAGAAACUUUAUGGAUUUAAUGCCAUGAAUAAAAUGCAAUUUAAAGGCACUUAAA